AUGGCUAAGCAAUUCUGGCAAGAAACGUUUGUUGAUUUGGAAACCUCUUCAUAUCCUGUGCUCCCUGCUGUAGGGUAUCAGUCUUCCAUUACAAAGACAGUUGACUAUGAAGUUGACCGAAUCGACUGCUCUACCGGCUCGCAUAGCCCACAUACCUUGUCUACCGGGAUACAGGCAGCCUGGGCAUUGCUCCUGGCUCAGUAUGCCAACACCCAAGAUGUGGUAUUUGGAACAAAUUUGAAUCCUCUUCGAGGGAAUCCAAGCCUGAAAGAUAUCGUUCCCUUCAGAGUCCCAGUCGAUUGGGAAUCCGAUCUGCUGCAGUGGUUGCAGGCAAGCCAGUCCCGAGUAGCGGCGAUGCAGGAGAUCCAAUCUUGUAUGAGCCUGGACGAAAUUUCAUUAUGUAGUCCAGAAGCCAAAGAGGCGUGCGACUUUCGAACAUCUAUUAUCAUUCGAGAUGCUGAGCCAGAGCUCUACGAGCUAACAGCCUUGGUUGGUACCCAGGAAAAUUACCCUUCUUCCCUCGUAAAGACUUUGCACGCAAAUUGCCUGGUCCUAAUUGUCGAGUGCUUUCCAUCAAUCCCUCAUCAGAAACUCCUCCUGCGAUUCCACAUCGAUGAGACAAUAAUAGAGGCCGCGCAGGCCCAACGAAUGGGCCUCCAGCUCACACAUCUCAUCUGUCAGCUCUGUUCCCCCACACUAUACCAGAAGCAAACUUUAAUCGGAGAUCUCGAUAUACUUUGUGAUGAAGACAAAACACUUAUUUGGAGAUGGAAUGGGUCUAGGCCCAGGCUGACCAACUCGUGCAUCACGGAUCUCUUUGCCUACCAGUCCCAGAGACGAGGCCACUGUCCUGCCGUUCACGCAUGGGAUGGAGAUUUGACCUAUGCCCAACUUGAUGAGAAGUCGACUCGAUUAGCCUCCUGGUUGAUCCAGAAUAAGAUUGCGGGCCCGGGAUUAAUUGUUCCUCUGUGCUUCGACAAGACAGUGUGGACGACCAUCACACUCUUAGCCGUUGCAAAAGCAGGUAGUACCUUCAUAAUGCUGGACCCGCGUCAGCCGUUUGGUCGUUUGAAGAGUAUAAUGCAACAAAUUGAAUCAACGACCAUUCUAGCGCGGCAUGAUACGGUCAAAUUGGCUCGCUCUUUGGCCGAAAGCGCCAUCAUCGUGGAUGAGGACAUUCUUCAGCCCAUUGGCGACGUCUCAUUUGCCCAGAUCCCUGGACUUAGCGGCAACAUUGCUCCAUCGGACCGACUUUACAUUGUAUUUACGUCUGGCAGCACUGGAACUCCUAAAGGUGUCACCAUCUCACAUGCCAACCUUUGUACUGCUGUCGGACACCAGGCGCGAGCGCUCGGCUUUGACACUGGAGUUCGUACCUUUGACUCUUCGUCAUACAGCUUUGACGCAUACGUCUGCAACACCUUCCACACUAUUCUCACUGGGGGCUGUCUGUGUGUCCCGUCCGAUAACGACCGAAUCAACAACUUACAGUCAGUGCUGCAUUCAAUGGAGGUUGAGUUUGUACAACUCACACCCUCCACCUCCCGUCUUUUGGACCCGAGCAAGCUCCCACACUUGCAGACGCUCAUCCUGACAGGAGAGAAGAUUAAUCGUAACGUACUUGAUCCUUGGCUGGAAACGCAGGGUCGAGUGCGUGUGAUCAAUGCUUAUGGGCCAUCCGAGUGCACCAUCAUGUGCGCGGCGAACCUCAAAAUCAACUGCAUCAAGGAUGCCGAGAGUGUUGGUUUCCCACUCGGUGCGAACCUUUGGAUUGCCGAUGUUCAUAACAUCCAUCGUCUUGCACCCGUUGGAGCAGUCGGAGAGUUACUCAUCGACGGCCCGAUCAUCGGUCAAGGUUAUUUCAAGGAUGAGCGUAAGACCCGGGAUUCGCUCGUCGAUGUGCCCGGUGGUUAUUUGCCUGGCGUUGCGCUAGCUCCGGAAAGUCGCAUUUUCCGUACUCGGGACUUAGCGAGGUAUAACACGGACGGAUCAAUCUCAUUCAUUGGCCGCGCCGACACGCAGAUCAAAAUCAACGGUCAGCGUGUAGAGAUUGGAGAGGUUGAGUAUCACAUAGGCCAAUGUCUCCCCGAAGGAGUUGAUGCUAUCGUAGAAGCGGUGGACUGGCCAUCGGGUCAGAAAAAGCUUCUCGCAUUCAUUUACCUGGGACCUGAGACAGGUUUGCAGCUGGCGCAGCUGAUCACGAAUUUGGACGAAAGUUUAUCAGACCGGCUGCCUCGAUUCAUGAUCCCGUCUGCAUACUUUCCACUACGUACUAUUCCCAUGACGGCCACAGGAAAGACGGAUCGUAAGAUCCUUCGACGAAUGGCAUUAGUAGCACCGGAUCAGCUACUCAACGUGCACGACCUACCGGGAGCAACUGGAGCGUUAUCAGCGCAGGAAGCAGACCGACCUAUGACUUCUGUGGAAAUGACACUGCAGUGGCUUUGGGCGGAGGUAUUGAAUGUGAACAAUGAUGCGCCCCUUCUCCCUGCUGACAAUUUCUUUGCUCGGGGAGGUGAUUCACUUGCGGCAAUGCGACUCGUGUCUGCCUUGCGACGAGAAGGUUGCAACAGCGUCAACGUUGCAGAUAUCUUUCGACAUCCACGCCUAUGUGACAUGGCAACUGCAAUGAACGAGAGUUCUGGGCAGAACGUAUCCGAAGAGACAUCAAAAUCAUCACUUCCGUUCUCCAUGCUGUUGGGCGACUCUCUGGAUGGAAAGCUGAUUGAUCUGGCUCGUGAAAAGAUCUCCAAGAUCUGCAAGUGCGAACCUCUUGAGAUUGAAGAUGUGUUUCCGUGUUCAUCCAUUCAAGAAGAGAUGGUCAUUUUGGGAGCUCGCAAUCCGGAAAAUUUCGUUACGCAGACUGUCUUUCCUUUGCCUCCUGGAGUGGAUCUUUCUAGAUUCCGUGACGUCUGGGACAAUGUCACGCGCUCGGCUCCAAUAACCCGGACAUGUAUAGUGGACACAAAAUUGACCAUAGGAGAUAUUGGCGUCAAUUAUGACCAUUCCUUUUCCCAGGUUGUCUUAAAUGGCCAAGUUCCAUGGACUGAAUAUUCCGAGCUUGAGCAGUGCUUGCAAGCUGAGCGACGAAACGGUAUGGCCCUCGGGGAGCCGUUUAUGCGGCUCGGCAUUGUUGGACAGGCAAAGCAGGAACAGCAAACAUCGCGCCUCCAGGCGGUUUUGACUAUGCAUCAUGCCGUUUAUGAUGGGUGGUCUAUGGACCUACUAGGCAAGGACCUAACCCGAGAAUACUACAGCCCAGGGGACUUGAAUGGGUCAGACGACGGCAUCCUCCCGUAUCGUCUCUUUAUCCAGCACUUGACUAAUUCUGAUCCUACUGUGGCCUCUCGCUUCUGGGUGCGAUAUUUGAAAGAUAUUCACGUGCGUUCUUUUCCCGCUCUUCCAGUGCCAAACUACAGACCGAAUGCCACAGCAUUGCAAGAUCGUUCUGUUUCCGGAAUCGAAUGGGCCAAGGCCACAGGUAUUACGGCAAAUACCAUUGUGCAAACCGCCUGGGGAAUGGUACUGUCUAAGCAUUCCUGCGCCAGCGAUAUUGUCUUCGGAGCAACGCUUCUCGGUCGACAGAUUCCUCUGGCCGGGAUUGAGCGAGUUGGAGGGCCGACCAUCGCUACAGUACCGAUGCGAGUUGUGGUAGACUGGGAUGGACAAAGCGCUCUAGAAAUUCUCCAACGCAUGCAAGAUCAGGCUGCCGAGAUGAUCCCGUUUGUUCACCAUGGCAUCAAACAAAUUCGCCAACUGGGCUACGAUUCGCAGCGCGCUUGUCAAUUUCAGACAUUCCUUGUUGUCCAGCCAGUCUCCCAGUCAGAGGUUCGAUCAACGGAGAAAGCCUUGUUUGACCUGGGUGACGGUCGAGACGACAUUCAAGCAUUCAAUACCUACGCCAUUAUGGUGGAUUGUGGGUUAGGUCACGAUGGAUUCUAUCUUCGUGCAAGCUUUGAUGAGACGGUCCUCCAGGAGUACAAGGUUCAACAGAUGCUUAGCGAUAUGGAGUAUAUCGCGAAGUCUCUCGUAACCGAGUCAGAGAAGCCCACCAAGCUGAAAGAUAUGGGCAUAUUGACAGAUGAGGAGCGCACUCAGAUUUUGAGUUUCAAUCAACAAGGAAAGGACUCGCAAAUGAUCGAAAUUGAGACCUGUAUCAAGAGCUCUCUACCAGAACAAAUCAUAGACGCUGCAGUUGAUGUUGUCGAACUCCCUGGUCUCUCAAAACAGCUUUUAGCCUACGUUUGUCUAGCGCAAGGCGAAAUCGGGUCUUCUCAAGCCAACCUGGUUCUCGCCAAUUUGAUAGAACUACUAGGUGAAACUCUCCCGUCGCAUAUGACACCAUCGCUAUAUCUCCCCCUUCCCAAGAUACAGAGGAUGACCUCGGGAGACAUCGACCGCGAUGAAUUGAGCCGAAUCGCAUUGAAAGCUCCUCCAGAGCAGAUAGUGAAUCGCAUCAACCUGACAUCUUUAUGGAAAAGUAACAAUGAUCCUCCGAAAACCCAGCUCGAGAUUCUCUUGCAAAACCUGUGGGUUACCACUUUGGGAGUAGAAAAGCCCAUUAUCAACAGACACACUUCGUUUCUUGCUUUGGGCGGCGAUUCUCUCAAAGCGAUGCAGCUUGUCGCAGCUGCCAGAGAAGAAGGUUAUUCACUGUCAGUUGCUCAAGUGUUGCGCACACCUCGUUUAUCAGACAUGGCAGCCAAGGCGCUGAAGCCCUUGGUAGGAGCACAGUCUUUGCUUUCAAAUACCUUUGAGCCAUUUUCAUUGCUUGGCAAGGACGUGAGCAAAGAAGCUCUCGCAAAGGCCUGCAACAUUGAUCCAGACGAGAUCGAAGAUGCGUAUCUAUGCUCACCAAUUCAAGACAUGAUGCUGGUGCAUACUGCUCGACGCGCUGGAGAGUUUGUCUCGCAGGGGUACUUUCAGCUCCCGCCGCAUGUUGAUAUUGCCCGAUUAAAAUCAGCAUGGUUUGAGGUGAUCGCUGCGAAUCCAAUCCUCCGCACACGCAUUGUGGAGUUUGCAGGAAAAGGACUGCUUCAGGUCGUGACCAAGACGCUCCCUACCUGGGUAGAGUAUGAUACCUUGGACGAGGUCCAGCAACUGCCUGUAGGUUUGGGAGAACACCUGCUCUGGUUUGCAUUGGUAAAACCCCAGCUUGAACUCACAACGAAAGAGUAUGGCUCUGCUACUCUGGUCAUGACUAUUCAUCAUGCCAUAUACGACCGAUGGUCUGCUUCACUGGUCAUGAAGGCAGUGAAAUCCAUAUACCAGGGAGAAAUUGCGACGCAGGGAUUACUUCCAUACCACCAAUUCAUCAAAUAUCUUGGAGAAAACUUGGACACGACGCUUUCCCAGCAAUUCUGGGAGAAUUAUUUGACAGAUUGUAAUGCCCCCCAGUUCCCGUCUCUCUCGAAUUCCAAAUAUCAGCCGACGACCACUGGCUUUCGAAAGCGGAGGAUUGACUCCGUAACUUGGCCCCAUGAUUUUACGCCUGCAACCACACUGAAAGCAAGUUGGGCGAUUCUGGUCUCCCAGUUUUGCAAUUCUAGUGAUGUUGCCUUUGGAUUGACUGUCAUGGGCAGGCAAGCACCUCUUGCGGGUAUUGAGCGCAUCGCUGGGCCAACUAUUGCCACAGUUCCCAUUCGAGUUAAGGUAGGCUGGAGCUCGUUGACACUGCAAACUUUGCUUCAGGAUAUACAGUCAGAAUCAACCGACAUGAUUCCACAUGAACAUUAUGGCAUCGGCCGUAUUCAAAGACUCAAUUCCACUGCCCAGCAGGCUUGUCAAUUCCAGUCGCUGCUUGUAAUUCAACCCCCAGAGGAUUUUGAUGCCGACGAAAGUUCGAUUUUUCGACUGCAAUUUAGCGAUCAAGAUAUGGUUGGGGGGACAUACGCUCUCGUCCUUGAAUGUGUUUUGGAUGAAUCAUCGAACUCUUCAGCGGGCGGCGUCUUAAUAAAUCUGGGCUUCGACGAAAAUGUCAUUGACUCCACACAAGCAGAAAAAUUAUUGCUUCAGCUUGAGCAAGUUCUUCGGGAGAUUUGCAAAUCAGAUGAUCAAAUUAGUGAGAGAUCGCUUUUGGGGCUUGAUGUUCUGUCGCAGUCGGACAAACAACAGAUGUCGUCUUGGAAUGCAACAGUUCCGCCGAGUAUAGAUCGGCGAAUAGAUCACUUGAUCGCAGAUCGUGUGAACGCCCAGCCGGAUGCGCCAGCAAUCUGCGCCUGGGAUGGAGAGCUGACUUACCGUCAAUUCUAUGACAAGGCUCGAGUUUUGGCCUAUUGGCUCGUUGUUGACCAAGGUAUCGGGCCUGAGAUGGCUGUCCCAAUUUGCUGCGAGAAGAGCGUCUGGACACCUGUGAUAAUGUUGGCUGUGAUCAUUGCUGGAGGCGUGGUUGUGACAAUGGAUUCGUCGCAGGCAGUAGACCGUUUACGGUCCAUUACUUCGCAGCUCAACCCGAGGCUGAUUCUGGCAUCAGCAACAACCAAAGCUAUCGCCGAGCAAAUGUCUGGGACUGCAGUACAUGUCGUUAAUGAUCAUUUUCACAAGGAUAUUGCCAGUCCAGGCCUAUCUCAAGAUGACUCUUGGAUCCCCGUGCUCUCGGCAGACAAUGCGGCGUACGUGACAUUUACUUCAGGCAGUACCGGAACUCCAAAGGGAGCUGUCAUGACGCACGCAAACGCCUGCAGCGCAAUGACUUAUGUCGAGCCUUACAUUGGGUUUGACGAGACAUCCCGCGUGCUUGAUCUGUCAUCGUACAGCUUUGAUAUGGUGUGGUACGAAUUUCUCCACACAUUCUAUGCGGGUGGAUGUCUUUGCGUUCCCUCCGACGACCAGCGCCGCAAUAAUAUCGUCGGUGCUAUCCACGACUUGCGCGUCAACUAUCUCGACAUGACGCCUUCCUUAGCCCGAACCCUUGAUCCAAAUUCUCUCAGCAUGAUCAAAAAGAUUGUGCUCGGAGGAGAAAGUGUCCAAAUAGACGAUGUCACCAGAUGGGGACCCGAUGUGGAGGUUCGCAAUUCCUAUGGUCCUUCCGAGUGCACAGUGUCAAGUACUGUUGCCCAAUAUGGGAAAGAGUUCACUACGAGUGUCAAUAUUGGUCCGCCGAGAGGUUUGAAUGCUUGGGUGGUAAGCUGUCUCCAGCCAGACAGGCUGGUGCCUAUCGGGGCUGUUGGCGAGUUAGUUCUUGAGGGGCCAUUGGUCGGACGAGGCUACAUCAACAACCCCGAAAAGACAGCUACCGCAUUUUUGACCACUCCUGCGUGGCUUCAAUAUGAGAGAGAAGCUCUUGUACCACGUACAAAUGGUCGAUUCUAUCGGACGGGCGACUUGGUGAAGUCCGAUCACGAAGGCAGAUUGACCUUGGUGGGCCGCAUUGACACACAAGUGAAACUUCGUGGACAGCGUGUGGAGCUCGAAGAAGUGGAAUUUCAUGUUCGAAAUCUCCUGCCUGCUCUCUCGUACACAGUUGCCGCCGAAGUUGUUGAAGGACCCAGUUUGUUAGGCUCAGCUCAAAAAUCCCAGCGAUUGAUAUUGUUCCUCUCGCCAGGUGAUUCAUACAACAGCAACAAAGACCUCUCUUUGACAGAGCCAGUGCCACUCCCUGCAGUGAUAUCAAAUGAUUUGAGCAGAAGGCUGAGGCAAACCCUCCCUUCCUAUAUGAUACCAACAGCUUUCAUUUUGCUCCCUCGACUUCCUCUGUCUCCUGCAGGCAAGAUUGAUCGCAAGAAACUGCGCGAAAUCGGAGUACACACGCACUCGGAGACCAUACAGCAGAGGGUUCCGGUCGAGGAGACCAAAACAGAUGAUGAAAAGAUCCUCGCUGACCUGUGGUCGGAUAUUCUCGGCAUAUCACCGGACAUAAUUAGCCGCCAGGAUAGCUUCCUUGAACUUGGAGGAGAUUCUAUCACUGCUAUCCGUCUCGUUGGGGCUGCGCGGGCGAGUGGCCUACCCCUUUCAGUUUCUCUCAUUUUCCAGCAUCCAGUUCUUGAAAAAAUGGCACACAAAGUGGGUAUUGUCUCUACAAACGGGUCUUCGAACGGCAAUGGCCAUACCCCUACAGUUCAUCCAUCAGUCAUAAGGCUCCCAAAAGUUACGGAAGUUGCAAAAGACCUGGGUAUUAUGGAAGAUAAAAUUGCAGACAUUCUUCCUGUCACGGAAUUCCAGCGUUACGCCGUUCGCUGCGCGUUUCAAAGGCCUCGCACUGAGUGGAACUACUUUGCAAUGUCAAUCAAGGAUGCAUCUGUGGCCAAGUUACUUGCCGUCUGCGAAAAGCUUGUCUCGUCACUAGAGAUUCUUCGGGCCGUCUUUUUGCCUUAUGGGUAUGAGGGGGAGUUUGUUCAGGUUAUCUUGCGAAGCUUUUCACCCGAGAUUAACACACAAUAUGUUCAGGAUCGGUCUCUGGACCAGGCAUGCGAAGAGGUGUGCAUGGAUGACCUCAAGAAGAAUAUUUUACCUGGCUCGCCUUUUGUGAAUUUCUCCAUUUUACACUCGGGGCAGAGCGAUAAAACCCUCCUUUUGAUGGGGAUAUCCCACGCUCUCUACGAUGCCAUCAGUCUUCCUCGCAUGGUGGAAUGCAUCGGCUCGCUAUAUUACGAUCACCCGCUUCCUCCAGUGUCUGACUUUUCACCUUUCGUUCGGAUCCCACCAUCUCCCUCUGGAUUCAACCACUGGCGUAAACUGCUCCAAGGCGCCCCGAUUCCCGUCUCAGUCAUUGGUGACCAUAAAACGGUGUUCAAACCAGGAAAGCGCACCGAAUUGCGCAAACUUAUCAACUUCCCCCACACUUCGAAAGAGUUCACCAACGCAACUAUCUUCACGGCAGCCUGGGGUAUCGCGUUAGCCCAAACGACCAACAAAAAUGACAUCGUCUUCGGCCGCGCCGUGUCAGGACGCGCACUAGCCUCGUCCGCUAUCGACAUCGAGAAUGUCAUUGGCCCGUGUCUGAACAUUGCUCCUGUAAGGAUGGAAGUGUCGGAAAGCCAAGGUGUGCCCCAUACUCUUGCAGAUACUUAUAACGUCAUCGGGUCACUUCAGUCGCAACUCAACGAUUCGAUCGACCACGAAACAAUCGGGCUUUCCGAGAUUGUAAAGCAUUGCACCGCCUGGCCAGCAGAUGUGGGGUCAUUCGGCUCAGUUAUAUACUUCCAGAAUGUCAGGGAACAGUCACACACAAGCAGCUACGAGAUUCCUCUGGUGCCGGUUCAGUUCGAUCGCCUGGAUCCUCCAGAGCCGUCGCGGCUGAAUAUCCCACAGAACAGGAUAUUUGGUCUCAGCUGCUAG